AUGGCACAAACCGCGGGCCGAGACUUCCAAGAUCGGAUGCUGGAGGAGCACGUUCCACCAAGCUCUAUUCUUACACACGAAAAGUACAAGGAGUUGUUUACUAUGAUCCUCAAGGAAGAAGAAGAAAAACUUGGAAGUCUGAUUAUGAUGCGCAUAAACUGUCUACUCUUCAACGAUCAACAAUGGAUACAAGAUGAGUUCGAAAACAUUCUUUCUCGGAGUACUGCUGGAGUUCGUGGGAUCCUGGAUACGCUAUAUCGGUAA